AUGGCCACAGAUAUAUUCAUGAUUCACCUGGUUAUUUUGCUUUGUAUGUUUUUCAUGUACAUUUCAAAUGAAUUCAGUCAGAUGGAGUUGCGCCAAGACAACGAGCAUUUUAGAAGGAUAAAAAUUCUGAUCGAAUUUCACGAUCAGAUAUUGGGAAUGAGUGCGACGGUCAAUGAAAUAUUCAGUAUUUCAGUUUUAUUAAAUCUAGCACUGUCGUCCCUUAAUUUAUGCAUGCUUGGCUUUGAGGUAGUGGAUGGAGUAAGUUUAGCUGAGUUUUUGCGGCACGCUUUCCUGCUAUUCCUUCAAGUGCUGCAAAUAUUCAACGUUUGUUAUAUGGGCAUGCGCCUUAGUGAAUGUAGCACCAGCAUCAGUAUUUCUGCAUUUAAUCAUCUUAUCUUUAGUCGGAAUCUGGCGUACCAGAAACACUUGCUGAGCAUAAUCCAGAGAUCUCAACGUCCGGCAAUUCUUAACGCACCUUUAUUAUCAGUCGUAUCUUUGGAAACUUUGCGAAAGGUGUUGAGUAUUGCAUAUCAGUUUUUCACCGUUUUAAAUUCAAUCAAAAAUUAAUUAAGCUUGUGAAACGCACUGAUGGAGCAUCUGGUUCCUGAAAUAUCAAUAUUUAUG